AAUUUUUUGCUUCAUCUAUUUCAGUAAUUGUAAGUGCAACUUUUUUGUUCCAUCGUUGACGAUUUCUAACAGGAAUCUAUUUGCGUAAAAACAAAUUAAUUAUAUUUUAUAUGUAGCAUAUAUAAAAGAUAUAAAAAUAAUUUUUAUACACACCGGGACAUUUAUAUUUUCUUCCCACAGUUUAUAUGAUUUUUUUCGUGAAAUAUUUUCAUUCGUCAUUUUUUCUAUCAGAAAACUAUUGUUGGGUGCGUGUGCGCGUGUUACAUUUAGCCACUGCUCGUCAGACGAGAAUUGACGAUCGUCGCAUAACUCGCAUGCGCGACACAGUGCAUGGAUACAGAUCGUGCAUGAUCGUGCACGUGGACACAGAAUUUGCGAGCCUUAGCAUUUAGCAAUAACGGCGUACGAAACUAUUUCGACUUUUUAAACAUAUUCCGUGCAAUCUGUUGAAAAUGUUUCUCUUGUAUUGUGAUUGUGAUAAUUCCUACUGUUUAGUGGAAAAUGAGAACGUUGUCUGUGACGAGGAAUAUCAAGAAAGAUGAUGAAGUGAUAUUUACGUAUAAGAAUAAAGAAUACACUGGAAAAGUGAUGGAGCAUUCAAGUAAAGAUAAAUUAUUGUUAUAUAAUAAAUGUUACAUGGAAAAACAAUUACAUAUGCUUAGAUUAGAAAAAGCUAAAAAAGAAAAGAAAGUAAAGAAAAGUGAAUCAUUUAAUAAAACAGAAGUAUCUCUUCGAAAAAGAAAUGAAUUAGGACCAUCUAAAAUAAUAAAAAGUUCUGCUAAAGAUAUUACUAAAAAGAAAAAUGAUACAAAAAAGGUUUUAAAAAAAAUACAGAGGACAUCAAAUGCUGCAGUUUUUGAUUUAUUGGAUAAAUAUCCAACUUCAGAGUUAUCUGAUAACGCUAGUAAUAGCCAAAAAAGUAGUCCAACAAAGGAAGAAUUAAAAGAAAUGCUGUAUCAAAUUAGAAAAAAGUUAGAAGAAAGAUCGAUAUUUGAAGAAAAGAUUGAAAAGAAAGAGAGAAAGAUUGAAAAAGAUUUCUGCGAUUUAAAUUCAUCAGAUGAAAAUAAUCUUGAAAUAAAUGUAGAAAAUCCAGAUAAAAACUCCAUCAAAAAUUCUGUAACAAAUAUUGAAAAUAAUUUAGAAAAUUUUGAGGACGAAAAUGAAAUAGAAGAAUUAGAAAAUGCAGACAUUCAAUUGUACGGAAAAGACUUCGAGUCUAAGAUGAUACACUUGAAGAACAACUUUUAUUGCAGAAAUGCAAUGUUUUAUUCAGCCAUAGGAAAUGCACACAGACCAUCGCAACUUGUAAGGAGACUGUUAACAGGAGUAUUUAAAAAGAAGCACUAAUAAACGGUACUCUGACUGGACAAACUGCUAGAGCACAGGGAAGAGACCGGCAAUGUGUAAAAAUGACAUGUCUACAUCCCUUUGCCAUUAAUGCAAUAGUUGAUUUUUCUAUUGAGCAUGGGAUAAAGCAUGGUUGGAUCCAGCAAACAAAGAAAGAGUUACAUCGAGCUAUAACACAAAGAAUUGUAGAGAUAAAAAGAGAGUUAAGAAAUGAGCUGUAAAGUAACUCAUUUCUUCUUGCUUCUUUUCUUAUUUUUCUUGUUUAACGUAAGUCAAGACAUUUACGUUUGUUUUUCCAUGAAUUAAAUAAUCCCAAUUAGUAAUAUAAUUUAGUAAUAGUGUAAUAUUAAAUUUCUGGUAAUACUUGAAUUUAUUAUAAAUACAAUUCACAGUCCUUUUUUUUAGAUUACUAACUAAAACUGUAUAUUAAGUAUAAAUUACAUUAGACUGUCUUGAAAUUCGUGAAUCAUUUCAGAAGAAAAUUUGUUUCAAAUUCUAAUUGUAUUCGAAUCAAAGAUUCAAUUUGAUUCGAUUAGACAAAAAGAUUUUAGAUUAGAUUCAAUUUGAUUUCGAAUAUGUUAUAAGAAACUCGAUUCAAUUUAAUCUCACAAAUUUGACUCAUGUAACUCUAAAGUCCUUAUAUCUCUAAAGUUAUAUACUGCUUGAAAAAAAAUCUUCAAAUGUCUAUUUUAUUUAAUUUUCCGAGAUUUUUUAAUUCGUGAAUUUCAAAACACCAUAUGUAUAUUCAAUAUUAAUAACUUUUUAGUUAAAAUAUUAAUAACUUUUAUUCAAACAAAAUCAGUA